CUCGAAUGUCAAGACUCGACAUCACUGCCGCCGCCGCAUCUCUUCGGAGUCUUCCCACCUGUCCAUGUGCCCAUCUCCUCUCCCCGCACCUUUCUUCCCUACCCCUACCGUCGUUCCCGUCUGCGGAGCGCUGCCUGUCUCGCGUCGUCAUUCGGCACCUGCAGUGAGCACGUAUCGCCACACACCUGGCUCCACUGACUUGUCGAGCAGCAGUAGGAUUGCCCCCGCUGGACGUUUGCUCCGUGCCAAGCCCUAGCUUUCCCCGACCGAUGAGCGCGAUUAGUUCAAAAGGGCACACGACCCAGAGGCUAGACGGGCGGAUAUCCUUCCUACGCUCUCCCCGCCCCAUGCAGCCCCAGGCCCUCGACAAGCGCCCCACCAUGGUCCCUGUCCCAGUCGCUGGCCAGCCCGCACCCGCGCCAACGACAAGCACGACGACAGGCCUCAAAUCGCCACCAAGGCGAAAAUCAGCUGACGACAGCCAGCUCCUCCUGGAGUUCACGAUAACCGUCCUCCUCUCCUUUGUCGUCCUUCUCGCGCUGCUCUACGCGGUCGAAUACUACCUCCGCCUCUUCCUGACCGCCCACCCGACCGCGCCGUAUUGGGCGGGACAGCUGCUCGACACGCUGGCAGGCCUGUCGCCGCUGGACGUUUUGCAGGUCACGACCGGCUGUGCGGGCGUCGUGUUUGGCACGAUGGAAGGCGUGAGGAGACUGCGGCUAGCGCGCCGACCGAGAAGGAUACGGAGAAGGAUGGAUGCAGAGCUUGGCAACGCCGAAGAGGCCGACGCCAAGGGUAGUAUUGGGUCGGAUGUGUGUCCAUAG